GGAUCCUCCAUUCCAUCCGGUAUCUAUAUUUCAACCAUGGAGCGAUUCCCCUCCACCCCCGUCUUUGCGGACUAUCCGCGCAUCGAAGACGGCUCGCCCGUGCAGGACUAUGAGCUCUUCCCGCCGGAAUCGCGCGCUUACGCGGGUCCCUGGCCCGACGCCUCUUACAUCCAUCCUCAGAAGCAGCUGUACCCCUUGGAUGCUCCUCCCAAAAGCCCCUUCCUUUCUCCGGCCCCCUGGUACGGCUCGACGGGGCUGCCGCACGGGCUGCCGCACGGGAAGCCGGCGCCCAUGUCCGAUUAUUCCUCUUGGGGCUCCGAUCUAUCCACCACCUCCGGCGCCGAUAGUCCGCGCAGCACCAGCGGCAGCUGGGUCGGCGGUGCCCCUUGCUACAUGUCACCCCCGUACACCAGCGACGACGCCAUGCUGCAAGUUCCGGACCACUGGGGGUGCCCGUCGCCCGUCGCUAGCAGCUACCCAUCCGUGUCCCCGGCGCAGGUCUACUACCCCGAUCCGGAACCCAUUGUGAGCAUGGAGGCCCAUCCGGUGCCUCUCAUGCGCGACACGCCCCCGGCGUUGGUCUAUCCCACGGCAACCCACCCGGAGGAGCACCAGCUUCCCGUCCUGGAACUCGUUCCCGAGCACGACACGGAUGAUCUUGCCUCUCCACCACCAAGCCAAUCACCACCGCGCCGCCAGAAGUCCAAACGCUCCUCUGGUGGCGUGGUGAAGGACAUCACUUCCCGCAAGGACCCCGCCCAGAUGACCGGAUCUGCCUCGCGCUCCGUUGCCAAGCCGCGAGGUAAAAAGGGCAGCAGCACACCCAGCCGCAUUUUCAUCUGCAGCUUCUCGCACUACGGCUGCCGCAGCACCUUCACCUCCAAGAACGAGUGGAAGCGACAUGUAUCCUCGCAGCACGUCAAGGUGGGCUUCUACCGAUGCGACGUCGGCCGCUGCAACACCAACAACCUGCGCAAGCUAGCAUCCGCGCGCGGCACCUCCGGCGACGAAUCCCGCCUGUCCAACGACUUCAACCGCAAGGACCUCUUCACCCAGCACCAGCGCCGCAUGCACAGCCCCUGGGUCACCCGCAACAGCAAGCAGCCCGUUGCCAGCGACGAGCGCCAGGCGUUCGAAGAGACCCUCGAGGGCGUCCGCGACCGAUGCUGGCAGCAGCAGCGCACGGCGCCCGAAAGCAGCCGCUGCGGCUUCUGCGGGCAUCAGUUCUCGGGCCAUCUGAGCUGGAACGACCGCAUGGAGCACGUGGGCCGACACUUUGAGAAAGGCGACUUCCAUCCCCAUGCUGAGCAGGAGGACCCUGCGCUGCGCCAGUGGGCGAUCGAGGAGGGUGUCAUUGAAACCGUGAGAGGACAGUGGCGGUUGACGUCUGACAUGAAGUGAUUUUUUUAUUUUCUUUUUUUCCUUUGUCUUAUCUUUCCUUUGUCUUAUCUUUCCUUUUUCUUCCCCUUGGCCUUCCUUUUCUUCGGUUAUUUCC